GAGGCCAGUUUCAGCAUGGGGAAUAACCUCUCGGAUUUCUGGCUGCCGCAGGGUUUACUGUCAAUUCUGCGUAAACUGAAGAGUGCCCCAGACCAGGAGGUGAGAAUCCUCCUCCUGGGACUGGAUAAUGCGGGCAAGACCACACUCCUGAAACAGCUAGCAUCUGAAGACAUCAGCCACAUCACACCGACACAGGGCUUUAACAUUAAAAGUGUACAGUCUCAAGGCUUUAAGCUGAACGUGUGGGACAUUGGUGGACAGAGGAAAAUCAGGCCGUACUGGAGGAACUACUUUGAAAACACUGAUGUUCUUAUCUACGUCAUUGACAGUGCAGAUAGAAAGAGGUUUGAAGAAACUGGUCAGGAGCUGGCUGAGCUCUUGGAUGAAGAAAAGCUCAGCGGAGUCCCUGUGCUGAUAUUUGCUAACAAGCAAGAUUUGCUUACGGCUGCCCCUGCUUCAGAGAUCGCGGAGGGUCUGAACCUACACACUAUCCGGGACAGAAUCUGGCAGAUCCAGUCUUGUUCGGCCCUCACAGGAGAAGGCGUGCAGGACGGCAUGAACUGGGUCUGUAAAAACGUCACUGCAAAGAAGAAAUAACCCUCCGAGCGGCAGGGAAAUGGAGGAGCCGGGCAAGCUGAAUUGUCUCCUGGAAGCACUAAUGUGCUGCUUUCCGACCAAAUGUUUUUUUCCAUCCGUGCACAGCGACAGCUGUUAAAGGGAACAACAGUUAAAGCCGGGGCUGGAACUGGGCCUUUACCUGCUCUUUAGUGCAGUUAUGUUCCCCAAUAAAGGAGUUGUACUUCCCCCCACCCCUUGGUAUAAAUAGUAUUAACUGUCUCCACACGUCUCUGAUUAGACCGUGCUUUUAAACAAGAGUAAGCUUGUGAGUGAGGUUAGAGGAUUCCCGUGGAUCUGGGGGAUUGUGUUUUGCUUCUGCUUCUGUAUAGUCGAGAUGAUCACAGCACGCCCUGACCCCCUCCCUCCCCCGGUCAUUCUCAGCUGUCAUUCAAAGCUAGUCCCCAGUGACAAAUCCGGUGUUUCCGUAGCAAGUGUGGGUGGAAUUCUCACGUCAUCCCCUGCCCCCAAAGCCCUGGAAAGGACCUUUGUCUUACCCAGCAACAGCAGCUACCCUCCCUAGAAGUGGGAGAGGAGCAUGUAUGUAUAAAUCCUCCAGCCUGGUCAGUGCAAAUCGGUGUGUGGGGGAGGGUGCUAACUGGUAGCAAGGGAUGCUUGCUCUUCACCUAUGGGGGCCCAGCUCAAAUCCAUCCCACACCGACAGAGUCAUUGGCACCUGAAAGCUCUUGUGUCCAGAGCAAAAAGCAGCUGGUGGCUCUCAGUCCAGCCAGUUUCUAACAUACAGCGUGUUUCAAAACAAUCCACUGUCCUGAUUGGCAGCACUGCUUACAGUCUGAGCACAAAGGCCAAAGAAUGACCACCGCAAAGCCCUGCCCUCUCGUUGCUAGGAGACAGCUUGGCGGACAGUGUGGGAAAAGGUUGCCCUGCCCGUACCCUGGUGAUCCUGCUUUCUGGAGAGCCGGAGUCCAUCUGUCUCCAAACCCGGAAGGAGAAUGGCGAGGAGAUUGAAGGGAUCAAGCCCCGGUUUAAAAACCAAAGGCUGGGAAUGAAACGGGCCCAAGUGAAUUCCGAAGCGAAAGCUAAAUACGCAAAGGGACGUAGUUCCAGCUUUGUGUAGGGUGAGCAAGGCGCCAGGAGGCAGAUCUGUUUGCUCAGGAAUUCUCCAGCAGCUGUACCUUAUCCGGAACUGCAGGACUCUUUGCAGCCCACGCUCCCAGGGGCCGCGGAGAGGAAUGCAUCGCACGGGUCUGAAAGGACGCCUUCUCUUUGUUAGCGCAUCCACCUGCUGUAAACAAUCGCAGCUCUCUUACAAAGAGCGACUUGAUGCUGUUCAAGUGGUUAAAUGCAAAGCUCUCGAAUACAGGCUCCCAGCCUUGAAAUCAGUCACCUUUGCUGCAUUGUAAGUGUAGAGUUUCUGAAAUGCUUCCGUACCCCUAAAUGUCAAGAGUUUUAAUAACACCCCCACACUGCUAUGUACUGUGACCGUAGCUCCCUGCUGCUUUAAGAAAGCCUUGAGCGAGGCUUUUCCUUUCUCUUUGAUCACGUCUUGAACAAGCACAAAACUUGUUUCUUUUCAUCUAAGGAGCAGUCGAUCAUGCAUUUGAAAAGAUUUUCCUUCUUUUUGGGAGUCCAGCACGUAAGCACUUGGAAAUUGUACUACUUAAUUUUUUCCUACAGUCCCAAGUUUGAGGAGGACAUUGACUUGAUUGGUCCUUGGCUUAUGGAUCAUUAGACGCGCCUGCAUGUUGAGAGGUAUACUUGCACCUUUGGUGCGGGCAUCUACUCACAAUGCCCCCUGCUCAAAUCCAGCCGACAAAAGUCAGCCGUUGAGGCAAUAAUGGAGAGAAUGCGGGAGUGUAAGGGACGACAAGAGUUUUAUGUCCCUGCCCCUAUAGAGACCAUCCCAUACUCGUGACCAUCAGCUUUCCUUUGUGGUAAACAAGCCCCCAUGCACCCACCGGAUGGGAAUUAAAAAGUACUUGAGACACAAUUCACCUGCCAUCUCUUCUUUUAACAUAUUUACAGUCCUGAUCAGCUAAGCAAAGCUCUCCUACUCCCUGCACACCACCUGUCCAAACACAAAGCAUAAGACUGGUUACAACCAUCCGGAACACCUGCUGUCGCUGGAAAAAAACCCUCUAUUGCGCUCGCCAGGGUCACAUUCAAUUUAUGCCAAUUAUGAUGUUUAGAGUUUGUCCUUCUGACUCUUGUCUGCUUUUUCCCCUUUUAAGUAUGUUUCUAUGGAAACAAUCUGUCUCAUUGACAUGGGUGGAGCUUAGUCAGAGAUUUUGUAGCUUCCUAGAUUUCAAGGCCAGAAGAGACCGUGAUGAUCUUUUGUAUACAGGUCAUGAAUUCCCACCUCGUCAUUUCUACAUCAGGCUCAAUGACUUGUGGUUGAAGUAGACUGUCUCUCUUAGAAUGACAUCAAACCUUGAUUUCAGGACUCCAGGUGACAGAGAAACCACCACCUACCUUAGAAGGCUGUACCAAUGAUUAAUUAUCUUCCCUGUUGAAAGCGUGUAUCUUAUUUCUUGUUUGAAUUUGUCCAGCUUCAAGCACCAGCCAUUGGAUCAUGCUAAAGCUUUUGUCUGAUAGUUUAGAGUCUUCUGCUAUCUCUGUCUGGUUUCCUAGAAGGGGAAAGUGCUUCAGCCUCCAGCUAGAACAUCAAUAGUUCUGGGAUAACACUGGAUUGAAACAUCUUAAGUUCUCCUUUUACCCGUUUUCUAACUCUGUUCUUUGCACAUUAGGGAUAUUUGUAUUCUUUCUAAUUGCAAGUGAUCACUUUGCUUCCACCAUUAAAUAUAUUUGUACGACAAUAAUACCUGCUAGCCUCAUUCAGGAUCACACCACAUUGUGCUUGGCUCCGUACAAAUGCAAAAAUGCAUUUUCUUCCCCCAGCAUACAGGAUAUGCUGUCCUAUUCUGUCUUAUUUCAGGUACAAUCUGACCUAUACGUGCUCUAUAGUUUGUUCCUUUUUUGAAUUUGCUCAGAAGGAGUAUUUGCAAUAUUUGGUCAUGUUGUAAAAUUCAGUGUAUAAUUUAGAUGUCUUUGUCAAUAAACAAAAAUUUAGUAGAAA